AUGUUGGAACUGCCGCCAGUAGCGAGCCUGAAGGGCAAAAGCAUCACAAGUGCCGAACAGUUCAGUCGUGCGGAUAUCUACGCGCUGAUUCAUCUUGCAAGUGCCAUUCAGCGUAAGAUUGAUGCGGGUGAGGUGCUGAAUCUCCUGCAGGGCCGCAUCAUGACGCCACUUUUUUUUGAGGAUUCCUCUCGCACCUUCAGUUCCUUUUGUGCCGCGAUGAUUCGAAUUGGUGGGAGCGUGGUGAACUUUAAGGUCGAGGCGUCAUCCAUCAACAAGGGCGAGACCCUCGCCGACACCAUUCGCACACUGGACUCCUACAGCGACGUGCUGGUGAUGCGGCAUCCAAGGCAGGAUGCGAUUGAGGAGGCCCUUUCCGUGGCGCAGCAUCCCAUUCUGAAUGCGGGCAAUGGGGCUGGCGAACACCCAACGCAGGCGCUUCUGGACACGCUGACGAUUUAUUCGGAAUUGGGCAGCGUAGACGGCAUCACCAUCGCGCUGAUCGGAGACCUUAAGAUGGGGCGAACGGUGCACUCUCUUCUGAAGCUUCUUGUACGCAACUUUUCGAUUAAAUGUGUGUUUCUUGUCGCCCCGGACGCACUGCAGAUGCCGCAGGAUGUGCUGGAACCCCUGCAACACGAGAUCGCCACGAAGGGAGUGAUAAUUCACCGCACACACGCACUGACAGAUGAGGUCAUGCAAACGAGUGAUGUGUUGUACACAACGCGUCUGCAGAAGGAACGGUUUAUGGCUUCCACGAGCGAUGAUGCGGCGGCGUUGCAGUCAUUUGCGGCGGCGAAAGCCGACAUCACCAUCGACGCGGCACGUAUGAAGCUGGCGAAGAAAAAAAUGAUUGUUAUGCACCCACUGCCACGCAAUGACGAGUUAAGCACUACCGUUGAUGCAGACCCACGUGCUGCCUACUUUAGGCAAAUGCGGUACGGCAUGUUUAUGCGCAUGGCCAUUUUGUGGAGCGUUUUGGCGUGA